AUGGGGAGCAGAAGGGAGGAGGAGAGGAACGAGAAGAUCAUCCGCGGCCUCAUGAAGCUGCCGCCCAACCGCAAGUGCAUCAAUUGCAACAGUGUGGGGCCACAAUAUGUGUGUACCAAUUUCUGGACCUUCAUUUGCCUGUCAUGUAGUGGAAUUCACCGUGAAUUCACUCACCGUGUUAAGUCGGUGUCAAUGUCCAAAUUUACUACACAAGAAGUGCAGGCCCUCGAACAGGGAGGUAACCAGCGAGCACGUGACAUCUACCUAAAGGAUUGGGAUUGGCAACGAAUGAGGUUGCCUGUCAAUACCAAUCCGGAUAGGAUAAGGGAAUUUAUCAGGGCUGUUUAUGUGGAUAAGAAGUAUGCUGGUGGAUCGUCUAACAAACCAGCCACAGAUAGUGAGAGUAUGAAGGGCAACGACAAUGACAUGAGAAGACCUAGCUCUUAUCAUUCGUAUUCCCAGAGUCCACCCUAUGAUUUUCAGUAUGAAGAUAGACGAUAUGGUAAGCAAGUCGACACACUUGCUAGAAGGCCUUCAGAUAGGGCGCUCUUCGAUGGGAAACUUGGCAACUUACUAUUCAGUCCAGGUCGUUUGCGAGAGCAGAUGAAUGAAGACCGUUUUGCUAAUGAAAGUUCAGGAUCAAGGUUUUCUGACUUCUCAGCUUCAAGCAUUGGUGACUUUAGAAAUGAUGUGCUUUCUCCUAGCUCUCAGGAGACAGGCUACAGCAGUCCCUCAGUCCACCAUUCAAGAAAUGUCUCUGCUGACAAUCCUCAAUCCCAGAAAUACCCUAAUGCAGCUUCGCAAACAGACUUCAAUGGAGUUCGACGUUCACAGCGAACAGCUUCUUCUGGAAGUUUUGGAUCAUUUGAUGGUAGCUCAGUUUCCAACAAAUCAUUUGAAUCAGGUAACCCGCCUGAUGCACCAACAGAAAAGUCAGCCCAUUGUGCUGUAAACCAUCAGACUGUGGCUUCUCCUGAGGCUUGUUCGACACAACAAUAUGCCUCGCCACCCAACAAUUACAACUUGGUACCUCAGAAACCUGCUGAUUUAGGUAGCCAAACUGCUGCCACCAGGAAACCAGUGCAACAUAGUGGCGCUCAGAUUGAAGCUGCGGUGUCGACGCGUGCUCCAGUACAACCAAUGACUUCCACACCUCUUGACCUCUUUGAUCAAUCAACUGUGCAACAGCCUGUCACAUCUGUUGCGCCGAUAGAUCUGUUUGCUGGCUUUAAUGAACAGUUACCAGCUUCUCAUAAUACAGAUAAUGUAUCCAGUCAUUCUGAUGUUGCUAAAGAACCUGCCCAUAGUGUUGUUCAGAAGGGCAUUGUACCAUCAGCUGAAGCAGUCGCCACAUCUCAUGCUGUGCACCAAGAUUUAUUCAGUCUGUCAAUUUUGCAGGAACCAGCAACAUCCUCACCCUCUCAGCCAAUAGAUCUAUUUGCUGGCUUUGACCAACAUUUGCCACAUUUGUCUACUGUUCAGAAAAUUCCAUCAGCAGCUCCAUUGCCUGCUAAUGAUGGAUGGGCUUUCUUUGACAUGCAACAUGGAUCGUUGACAUCUGUUUCAAAUGUGCAAGGUCAGGUGCCUGCUGCAUUCCCUCCAUCUGAUGGUAUUGCUAAAGGAAUUGAUCAAUCAACAUUACCAACUUCGCCACCAAAUGCAAUUGGGUCACAAAGUUCUCCGGCUAUGAUGGAUAACUGGAGUUUAAAUGCUGAGGAAGUGAAGAUCCCUGUCCCCAAAGAAAAUUCUCAGUCUUGGAAUGCCUUUAGUGAAUCUACUCAGAGCACAUCAAAUAAUCUGUUCACAUUUAAUACUAUGCCUCAAGUAGAAGCUCAUCAAUUCUCUAUGCCAAGUGGUCCAUAUGUUGAAGCCAGAACUCCACAGGAUUUAGCUAGGGGUGAGCCUGAAAGGCCAACUCCUGGGGAUAUGUUUUCUGGCUUCAAUGUUUCACAUGUUGAGGUGGUUGGACCAUCGUUUCCUUCAUCAUUCCAGCCCCAUUUGGGUGGCAUGGUCUCUCAUCCUGGAAAAUCAACAAACCCAUUUGACAUGGCAUUUGAAUCUGAUGUUGACGCCAAUGACAUGUUCAUGGAUUUGACCUCACUGCAAGAAACAUUACCAGAUCCUCACACUCCCACAGAUUAUUCUGGAAGCUUAACAGAGCCAUGGAUUUCUCAAAAUUCCACUAUGUCAUAUAUUCCUUCUGGGCCUCAAGGAGGGUUAGCCUAUGUGGCAGGACAAGACUCUCACAUGUUGAGUUCAACACAUCAAGGAGCUUUUCCACCUAGGAAUCCAUUUGAGUGA